AUGUCCAAGUCCAUCGUCAACACUACCCCCUACCCCUUCAAGUUCGAGCCAGCAUUGGUUCAGAAGCAGGGCAAGCCAGGCCAGAAUGAGGACCUGACUACCACCAUCACCAAUGUCCGCGGCAAAAUCCCCUCGAUCCAGGCGGCCCGUCUCCGGACUAUGAUGCUGGAGGCACAUCAAGAUCCUACCAAAAUUCUCGCCCACUGCUGCAGCUAUGACGGAUUGUCAUCUCGCUUGGUCGAGGAAGCUGGGUUCCCAAUGGUUUUCCUCGCUGGCUAUUCUGUAGCUAGCGCGUACGGCCUGCCUGACACCGGAUACAUCGCAAUGGCGGAGGUGUGCGACAAGAUUCAGGAAUCGGUCCGACAGGUAUCGAUCCCUGUCAUGGCCGAUGGAGAUACUGGCUACGGCAGUCCUCUGAAUGUCAGAAGGACAGUAGAGAGCUUCGCGCACGCCGGUGCGGCUGGCAUCAUGAUUGAAGACCAGACUUGGCCUAAGCGAUGCGGCCACACUAAGGGGAAAGCUGUGGUGUCUCGGGGGGAGGCAUACGCCCGCAUCCAAGCGGCAUGUGAUGCCCGCGAUCAAGGAAAGGAUAUUUUUGUCCUUGCUCGAACCGACGCCCUUAUCCACGGAUGGGAAGAGGCUCUGACUCGUGCCAAGGAGUUUAAGAGGAUUGGUGUUGAUGCCGUCUUCGUCGAGGCGCUCCCUGACAGAGAGGCUAUGCGGAAGUGCGUGGAAGAAGUGGGCAUUCCUACUUUUGCCAAUAUCAUCGAGGGUGGCAAGACAGAAAACCUGUCAGCCAAGGAUCUCGCUGAGCUGGGCUUUUGUGCGGUCGCAUAUCCCUGGACCCUUGUUGCAGCCAAGUUGAAGAGCAUCCGAGAAACACUAGAGGCUCUCAAACAGAGCAUGACUGUUGGGGCACCGCCUAUGAUUCUCUCGUACAGUGAGGUGUGCGAGGGCGUCGGCUUCAACAAGUAUUGGGAAUUGGAGGAGGGAUACAAGUUCGACGAUGGCAGUCGGACCAAUGGCCAUUCCUAG